AUGACUACGUGCGGUUAUACAUUUUCACACCAUGGGAUCGUCUCUCCUGCUGGUCGAAUUAAUCUUCCAAUUAAUAUAACAGGCCAUAUACCCAAUUAUAAACGUCUCAACGAUGAGCCUGUGGUUAAGACAUGUGAAAUCCCCCUGGGAAUACGGGAUGCAUCUCUCCAGCUCAAGAUCCCUCAUUACGACAUAGUCCCUCUCAAUCCAGCUCCUCCAUCGGCCGUCCUCUAUUCACAUGCUAAUUUCAAGGCUUCGAUCCAACCAGAGAAAGCUGGAGAUACCAAAGACUUCUAUGACAGGUGCUUCGCAGAAGCCGCUGCAAUUAAUCUGUUUUUCCCCGAUGUACGAUCGGAAGGGAUCCGCGUAUGCAUGACCGCAUGGCUGGCUGCAAACUGCGCGGCGGAUGACAUACUUGAAGCUAUGCCGCCGGCUGCAGCCACACUUGCGUUGCAGGAGGCAAUCUCGAAGCUGCAGGGAAAGAAGGCAAACGUCCCUCCGACAAACAAGGUCGCGUCAAUCCUUUGCUUCUUCCAAGAAUAUUGCACCCAGCAACUUGACCUCAGUGAGAGUACCGCCCGCGAACUCAGCAAUGAUAUAUGCGAUAUGUGCGAGGGCUUGCUUGAUGAGCUCCUAUUUCGACAAGACAUGUUGCCUAACAACCUGGAAACAUAUCUGCGAUUCCGCGGUAGGACGAUGGGGAUACAUCCAUUUUUCACUCUCAUCCGGACAUUACACACACCAGUCGAAGUAGAAUAUCUCUCCCGCCUGCGAGACCUCCAGAAGAGGGUGAGUUUGGUGCUAGGGCUACAGAAUGACCUCGUUGGUCUGGAGAAAGAUCGUCGGAAUGGCGAGACUAUGAAUGCAGUCUUGGUAUCACUAAAGGAACAAGCGAGGACGGAAGUGGAUCACAUGAAUAUGAUAUUGCCAAGGACGAUUCAAGAGGUGUGUGGUAUCCACAAUUUGUGUCUAUCGGAUGCAGUGGAGAUGCACGCCGGACUCCGCGAUUCGCUGAAUGGGGAUGUCCACGACGCGGUUCUUGAAACUGUGAUUCUGGCCUUUGCUGACACACAUCUGAAAUGGUGUGCUUCGUCUAAAAGAUACCAGGCCAAGGUUGAAUAG